UUCCAUGUUCUUUUAGGGGUCUUAUGAACAGAUUAGCUUCACUUUCACUCAGUGCACAUGAAGCUCCUUCCCUUUCCGUCGCCGCCCAAGCUGCCACCAACGGUAUUCAGUCGUUUUCAUCUCAAAGAAUCGCCCCUCAGUCUGAUGAGGUCGUGCCUACUCCAAUUAUAACGGAGAGCUUCGAUCCGGGGUCGAUCCUAACUCAAAGUGCAGCGAGUGACCGAAAGAUUUCAUACCCACAACCAACAGAACGGAGACGAGAUGCAUAAGCGGUAAAAUGAAAACCACAACCAUCUCCAGUCUAGCUUUUACCCCCCCAAAAAGAGUGACUAUAUUCACGAAAAUGGCAUCCAGACAAAGUCACCCGCCCCGCAGCCCGCAUUUUCCGUAGCCUUUUUGUGCUGGUGGAGCGCUAGCGCCACGGAGGAUCACAAUCAACACGUGAACAAUGUCAUAUACAGUUCCAUGUUCAUGAUAUCAUGAUAGAAUCGAUACUAUGAAAGAACAAGCAACUCUAGUCUAUAUAGCCCCUACCCCCCACUUUUUUUUUUAGAGCUAAUGUGAGAAACAACAACAACAACAACAACUCGCCGCACGCACCCCUGUCACACUCGCCCCUAUCCCCGAAUUCUUCUCAUUCGCCAUCCCAUGGGUUAGACUUCUCCCAGAGCACCUCCAAUACUUCCAUGACCCCCAGCGCAGCAGUACAUACAUGCAGGAACACCCCAGCACAAACCAGUACCAUCUCCACACAUAAUGACAGACAACGUAGACUCCAUACAAUCAACAUACAGACAUACUCCGUAUAUACCUCGAAGUAUCCUCCUGUCAAACCAAACAUCCUGCUGUCUGAACGUUUAUUUUGUUGAGCCAUGAUGAAAAAGACGUUGGCGCUCUCAUCUUUGUAGUCUAGACUAGUCUAUCUAUGUAAUCCUCCUGUCAAAACAAAUAUCCGGCCUGAACGUAUAUUUUGAUGAACCAUGAUCAAAAUAAGAUCUCACAGUUUCGUGGGGAGCGUCUCCUUCUCCUCCUCCUGCGGUCGCUCCUCCUUCUCCCUGCUGCUGCUGCUGCUGCUGCUGCUGCUGCUGCUGCUGCUCCUCCUGCCCCUCCUGCCCCUCCUGCCGUUGUUCUUCGGCUGGGCUUGAUCGCAUGCACGCGUCGUCGCCCUCUACCUCUACGGCGACAACUGAAUGCUCGUCGUCACGUAUCAUUCUUUUCAGGGACAUGUCUGCAGUGUAGUCUGCUGCGUUGCGCGUGCUGUGCGGCCUGUCGGCGGUGGUCAUGUGCUGUGUUGUUUCGCAGCUGUUUUGAGUUUGAAAAUGGGUUUCUGGGUGUGUGGUUCUGGAGGUGUUCUUGGUGUGCACGUUCUUGUUUGCAAGUGCGGCGUGCAAAUGGGGGUAGCCGAGAAGGGACCGACCGCGUGACGUGACAUGUUGCGAUUGAAUUUCAACGACUAGUUUUUCUGUUGUUGCCCUCUCCCCCGUUUGCUGUCGCGUUCAGACUGUCUCUACGGAUAUCCCUGUCUCUGUGCGAGUUUGUUUAUGUCCUCGUCUGUCUUUGGUUUAUUUCGUUUUAUUUUGUUUUGUUGUUUUACUGGCACGUUCUGCUGACCCUUGGGGUCCUUCCGGAAGGCUACCCCCCAGGCUGGUGGUGCGCACGUUCCACUAUUUAUUUGUUUUUUGUAUCUGAUUCUUUUUUUUUUUUUUUUUCCAAAUACAACACAACGAGUCCAUUUCCGUCAGAGAAAAGAGUCAAAGACAGAUUGGCAAUGGAAUCAUAGCGUCAAAGAAAACUACCUGUUGUGUGUCCACGAUUUCCCAGACAGCAUAUAUGGACAUCUCCCCUGCGGAUAACAGGCUCAACAAGACAGUUUGGUAGCUGUGUUGUGUGUCUUAUAUAUGUUAUGUUGGGAAGGUGUAGACGAAAAGUGUUGGGCUGUUAGUUAGUUGGGUGUUUUAUGUGUGGCACCCUGUUGGUUGUGGAUCUCCAUCCAUUUUACACGUGUAUUUCCAGUUUGGUAUGCAUUUAACGCGAGGAAUAUGAUUUGGUAAGUAAUUGAGUUUGGUAUGCAUAUGCAUGCAUCUGUGUCAAAUUGUGCGGCACACGGGAGUGGUCUCCCAGUUUUGUGUAAUUUCAUGCCCAUAAAUGUGCGAAGGGCACGGGAGAACAUUCUUUCAUCAUUGCCUCCUGACGUGGUCGGUCGUAGGUAAGGCGUGUGGUUGAGGUUCCAUCACCGAUAUGUGGGUGUUCGUGUGUUCAAAUGUAAUGGGUUGGUCAUCUCUCUCGUCCGUGUGUAGGCAGGGAGUAUGGUUAUAUCUCUCCCCUCAGUGGGCAGCACAGACCAUAUGUAAAGAAGAGUUGAUCAUUUCGUGCAUAAUACAUCAUUUAUGUUUGGCACGACAGGA